AUGUCUUCUCCCAUCACCGAAAGAACCCCAAAGCUCACCCAACGAAACUCCUCCACUCCAACCAAGACUCGAAAGGCAUCUGGCUCCAGCACGGCGUCAAAGGUCGAGCUGGGCUCCAUGCCAAAGAAGGGUUCUCCCCGCAAGCUCCAAAGCAAAAAUCCAGCACCUAUCCAAGACGAGAUCGUACAGAAGCCUGCUAUACCCUCCCCAAAGCCGAAGAUAGCGAACAAUGAGCAGCGUGGCCUAGCUUCUCCUGUCCCAAAGGCUGAUCAGGCCCAGGCAUCCGGCUCUGCUACUCCACUCGGGAACGUUGCUGGUCUGGCUGGCAAGAUGACGAAUACUCUUACUGACCAGGUCAAGGAUACGGUCCAGGAUACAGCACAGAAAGGUCAGGAUGUCGUGGAUAAUGCAAUCCCUCUCGAUCUCUCAAGCUUGAAAGGUCUAGAGGUUGGCGAGGGUGGAAAUAUCUUCGACCAGGCGGGAAAUACCUUGGGUCAAGUGGUGGAAGGGGAGUCCGAUGAUCUUGUCGGACAGGUGAUUGGAGACGAUGGCAAGAUCCUAGACGAGGAUGGAGACCUUAUUGGUCGCGUCGAGGUCCUGCCCAAUGCAGUCCAGGAUGCUACCGAAGGGGCAACGGAUAUUCCGAACCAAGUACAGCCCGCAGUGGAUCAGGUCAAGGAUGUUGCGGCAAAUAUUGCCGAUCUCGACGGCCUCCCCAUCUCGGAGGGCGGUGUCAUCAAGAAUGCCGCUGGCAAGGUCAUUGGAAAGAUCACCAAAGGAGAUCCAGAAUACCUCGUGGGUUAUACACUCAAUGACGAAGGGGAGGUCCUCGACGAUGACGGUGACCUAAUUGGCCGCGCCGAUGUUCUACCCGAAGACGCCCAAGAAGCCUUGGGAGGUGUCAAAGAUACUGAAGAGUCGAGUGAUGCUCCUCUGAACAUGGUUGAUAACACAAAUUCAGUCGCUGAGGAUGCUGUCAACGAGGCCGAAGAAUCUGUUCCAGAACCCGACGAGGUUAAUAAAAUCGCCGAGGAGAUGACUGAGGACGCCGUGGAAGCCACCGAGAACCUACCUCCACUCUCUACACUGGAAGGGCUAAAGUGCAACAAGGCAGGUAACAUUGUCAGCACUUCUACCGGCAGACCCAUGGGCGAGCUGAUCGAAGGCGACGCCAAAAAGAUCACCAAGCUUGGCGCUCAACUUGACGACAAGGGCCAGUUCUGGGACGGUCGAGGCAACGUCAUCGGUAAAGCCCAAACCAUCGCUCUCGACGAAGAUGAGGAAGAACCACCUUUCGCGGGCUUGGAAGGUCUUCACGUCGUUGAGGAUGGAUGGAUAGAAGACGAAAACGAGAAGCGUGUGGGCAGGCUAAUCGAGGGAGAUGCCAAAAAGCUUCUAGGCCGCGCAGUGGAUGAAGACGGCGAUGUCAUCGACAAAUUUGGCAAUUCUAUUGCCAAAGCUGAAUACUGGGCACCGCCAGACGAGGAAGUAAUUGACCUCUCCAGCUUGAAUGGUCUUAUUCCCAACAAGCUGGGAUACGUGGUUGGUCCAAAGGGCGUGCCGAUUGCACGUGUGGUAGACGGAAACCUGAAAGAAGUCGCUGGCAAAGAGAUCGAUGAUGGCCAAAUCUACGAUGGACGCAAGGUCAUCGGUCGUGUUGAACUUAUCCCCGAAAACGAGCGCGAGAACAAACCAGAAGGUCCGUUUGCUGGACUUGACAACCUUGUCGUGAACAAGGAGGGAUUAGUCGAGGAUGAGGAUGGCAACAUCAUUGGUAAAAUCACUGAAGGUGACCACAAGAAGCUUCGUGGUCGUAUUGUGGACGAAGACGGCGACAUUGUGGACAAGUUUGGUAGCGUCAAGGGCCAUGCGGAGCCAUACGAACCUCCCGAGGAGGAGGUAGAAGAGGUGGACUUGUCUUCGCUAGAGGGAAAGAUGGUCAACAAGGCGGGCAAUGUCGUCGAUGCUCAAGGAACGGUUUAUGGUCGUAUCACCUCCGGUGACAAGAGACUUGCGGGCAGAAAGGUCGAUGGCCAAGGUCAGAUUUGGAGUGACGAUGGCAAGGUAAUCGGCAAAGCAGACCUCAUCCAUGGAUCAGAGCAGGAGAAGACUGAAGGGCCGUUUUACGGAUUUGAGACCGCCGAAGUUGGCAAAGACGGAACCGUGGCUGAUGCCUCGGGUCGUAUUAUUGGACGUCUCAUCGAAGGAGACCCAAAGCGACUCCUGGGCCGCAAGGUCGAUGAAGAUGGAGAUGUGCUCGGCAAGAAUGGAAACUCGAUUGGGAAAGCCGAGCGCUGGGAGCCCGAAGAAAAGAAGCGCAGUGUCAACCCCAUGUCUGGUCGCAAAGUCACUCGCGAAGGCGAGGUGCGCGACAGCGAUGGCAACCUCAUUGGGAAACUGACCUCAGGUAAUCUGGGAACCCUCGUCGGCAAGGAAAUCGAUGACAAUGGCUACGUUGUGGAUAAUGAUGGCAACAAAAUGGGAGAACCAUCGCCAGAAGAGCUGGAGGCCCAGAAACAGGCCGCUGAAGAUCGAGACUUGGCGAACAAGAUGAGUAGCAUUGUUGGGCAUGCAAUGGGCUCCCUCCGACCGAUAUGUAAUAUGAUCACUGAGCAUAUCGAAAAAGCCGACCGUACACCACGCGACGAGUUGGACGAGGAGAAACUGGUUCAGAAUGUCAAGCCUUUACUGGAGCAAGGCAAUCAAGUCCUCCAAGAAUGCAACGGUGCAAUUCGAGCGCUGGACCCAGAUGGCCAUAUCGCUGCCACAGCAAAAGCCCGCGCUGCCUCGCAUGAAGCAUCUCCGGAGGAAUAUGGUUUGGCUGAUCAGCUCAAGGAAAUGGCAGACUUUGUCAUGAAGACCAUUGAGAAUGGCCGUAGGCUGAUUGCAGAUAUGCCCCAUGCUAAGAAGGAGCUCAACCCACUCUGGGCUCUUCUCAGCGAACCGCUCUUCCAGAUCAUCACUGCUGUUGGUCUUCUACUGACCGGUGUACUGGGCCUUGUUGGUCGUCUUCUUGAAGGCCUUGGACUCGGCCCGAUCGUGCAUGGCCUACUGGGUGGCCUGGGCAUUGACAAGCUGUUGGGAAGCCUGGGAUUGUCGUCCGUGACAGAUGCUUUGGGGUUGACAGGGAAGAAGCAAUGA